UCUCUUUCUCAUAUUCUCAAAUCAUCAUCAAAAGGAAGAAAUCAGAUUCAUACAUUUCUUUGAAAAAAAUCUUAAUAAAUCUCGCCGGCCUGUUUCAUUUCUUCUCCGGUGGGUUCGAUUAAUAAAUGGGAAAUAUGACAUCUAACGUAGCGGCGAAAUUCGCCUUCUUCCCGCCAGACCCACCAACUUACGAUAUUUACCCAGACAACGACGGGAAACUUAUCUUCACAGGUCUAUCCGCCGACAAGAACGCCGUCGUCCAUUUGAUCGAAACUAAAGUUGGUAAUAAAGUUGCCGCCACAUUCUGGAAACACCCUUUUGCUAGAUUUACAAUUUUGUACUCUCAUGGAAACGCUGCCGAUUUAGGGCAAAUGCAAGAGCUUUUCAUCGAGCUCAGAGCUCACCUUCGUGUCAACAUCAUGAGUUAUGAUUAUUCCGGUUAUGGAGCCUCCACGGGUAAGCCAUCUGAGAUCAACACUUAUUUUGACAUUGAAGCUGUUUAUAAUUGCUUGAGAAAUGAAUAUGGUAGUAAGCAUGAAGAUGUGAUUUUGUAUGGACAAUCUGUUGGGAGUGGUCCUACUUUACACUUAGCAUCUCGGAUGGGUUUGGAGAAUUUAAGAGGAGUUGUUCUUCAUAGCGCAAUCCUUUCUGGUAUUCGAGUUAUUUCCAAUGUUAGAAUCACUCUCUGGUUUGAUAUCUUCAAAAAUAUAGACAAAAUUAGAAAUGUCAGAUGCCCAAUCUUAGUUAUACAUGGAACGAGCGAUGAGAUCGUGGAUUGGUCGCAUGGGAAAAGACUAUGGGAAUUGUCCAAGGAGAAGUAUGAUCCUUUAUGGGUUAAGGGAGGAGGACAUUGCAAUCUUGAAACUUACCCGGAAUUUAUUAAGCAUCUUCGAACAUUUGUAAACGAAAUGGAGAAACUUUCGUUUAUUAAAGAAAGCAAACCGAAGCUUACCUCUGCUCCUAGCAUGCCUGAAUUCAAACACUACAGAUGCUUGAAAUUUGGUAAAAAAUACAAAGAAUAGUCUAAUUGUGUUAAACUCAGUUUAGUGUGUAGUUGUUGUUAAA